UCGGAUCGAAUUGCGUUACAUGCUUAACUUGGUUAAUAUACAGCAUUUUGUAUAUAUCUUCAACGAAUGCAUUCUAAUUUUUUUUUAAACGAAUUAACGCUAAUUGUAGAACCAGGUUCUACUGAAACAAGCGUUUAGUGGAAGUGCAAGAUAGUGUAUAACAGCGAAAGCAAAACGACGCUAACAAAGCGAUAGCCAUAAAACGACGUUGCGACGGCAACGCUGACAUAAAAACUAAUAAAUUUAAAGUUGGCUUGAAGAGCCUAUGUGGCUGAAAUAAUAAUAAAAAUAUACAAAUGUUUAUAGAAAACUUUGUAGUUGGGUGCAGCAGCAGUGCAAAUUGCCUACGCUCGCUAUUUUUUUGUAUCUUUUUUUUUUGAAAUUUGUUUUGCGUUUUGUUACGAAGUUUCGAUGAUCUUGGCCUGUUGUUUGCCUUUUUUGUUGUAACUCGUUUUAUGCGCGCGCGACUACAAUAACGAGCGAAACAACAACAACAACAAAAAGCAGCUACAAUAACGACGAAUGCGCGACGUCGACGAAUGCGCGUGUGAUUCAUGCAAAGGCAACAUAAAAAAAUAUAACUAUGUACGACGACCACGAACAACGGCUGCAAAAUGAAAUACAGUAAAAUAUACUAAGAAAAAUAAUAAAUAAAUAUUAAGAAGUAAACGUGCUCAGAUAGUGAACGAGAGAGGGAGGCAGACAAAAUAAUACAUGACGCGUGCAUCCUGCAUUGAGAGCGCGAGGCAAAUUUAAAAAAUACAACAAAAAAGAACAAUACAAUAGCCGCAGCACAUACAUACAUAUAUGCAUAGCUAAGGUGUGUGCGUGUGUAUAUUUUUGCUGUUGUCGGUUACAAUAGUGGUGGCACUGUGUGGUACAGCUGUCAAGUGCGGAAAGCGCAGCCGCAACGUCGAGUCCUUUUUCGUUUUUGUGAGCGCUAUCUCUUUCCUUCCCACACCACCGACGCCAUAAAUAGACAAGCACGUGUAUAUGUGUUUGUGUGUGUAACUGCACUUUUGGUCGAUUGAGGAGAUGACGCCGAAGCAGAAGCCAAAGCAAAGUAUAAUAAAUAACAACAACAACCGCAACAGAAUUGGCAGCGUCAACAAUAAAUUCCAACAUUCCAAUGCCAAUCAUUUGCAAUGUGAGAGAAACAAAAAAUAUUAAUAGAAUCGUCCGAAACUAAACAGCAGCAGAAGAAGAAGAAUUGGCCGAAGAAGUGCUAAUACUUCAAAACAGUGUGCCCCAUAUAAUUAUAAAACACCAACAACAAUGAAAGUUACCGUUUGCUUUGGGGAUGUGCGGAUUUUGGUGCCCUGCGGCUCUGGUGAGCUGCUUGUUCGCGAUUUGAUCAUCGAGGCCACGCGUCGCUACAAGAAAGCCGCCUGCAAGGAACCGGACUCUUGGGUCGCUGUCCAUCACUUGCAAACACAGUCUGGCAUUUUGGAUCCCGAUGACUGUGUGCGUGAUGUGGCCGACGAUCGCGAACAAAUACUGGCACAUUUUGAGGACUCUGGACCAGAUCCGGGUGUGCCUCAGGGUGGCGGUGACGGUGCCUCUGGGAGCUCAUCAGUAGGCACCGGUUCGCCAGAUAUUUUUCGCGAUCCCACCAACACGGAGGCGCCCACACGCAACUUAUCGACGCCACACAUUGAGGUCACCAGCACCACAUCGGGCCCGAUGACCGGACUGGGCCUCCAAGUGCGUCGCAGCAGCGAUCCAAAUCUGUUGGCCUCCCUUAAGGCGGAGGGCAGCAACAAACGUUGGUCAGCAGCGGCGCCGCAUUAUGCAGGUGGCGAUUCGCCAGAGCGUAUCCUGCUAGAUAAGGCCGGCGGGCAUUUGUCGCCGCAGUGGGAAGAGGAUGACGAGGCGCUGCAACUGCAGCUACAGCACCAACAACAACAACAACAACAACAGCAGCCACAACACGCCAUCCACGCCGCAGCAGUGCCACAUCAGCCAUUCGCACGCUCCGGCCGUCUGUCCAUGCAGUUUCUGGGCGAUGGCAAUGGCUAUAAAUGGAUGGAGGCGGCCGAGAAGCUGCAGCAGCAGCAACAGCCGCCAAACCACAUUGCAUCCCAGUCUCAGUCUCAGUCACAGUCACAAUUGCAGACGCAGUCGCAGGUGCAGUACGUCGGUGGAGCUGCCGGUGCGCCUAUUUAUUCGAGCAAGUCCCUGCCGCGGGAAAGCAAACGAAAGGAGCCGCUGGGGCAGGCUUACGAGUCCAUACGCGAAAAGGAUGGCGAGAUGCUGCUAAUCAUCAAUGAGUAUGGCAGUCCGCUGGGUCUGACCGCCAUUCCAGACAAUGAGCACGGCGGAGGACUGCUGGUGCAGCACGUGGAGCCGGGUAGUCGGGCUGAGCGCGGUCGUCUGCGUCGCAACGAUCGCAUUUUGGAGAUCAAUGGCACCAAAUUGAUUGGGUUGACCGAAGGCCAGGUGCAGGAGUAUUUGCGGCGAGCACUAGAGUCCUCCGAGCUGCGGGUGCGAGUAUUGCGCGCCGAUCAUCACCAGAAGCAGCGGCGUCGCGACUCCAAGGUGGCUGAAAUGAUUGAAGCGGAAGAGAAACUGGUAUCGGGUGUGGAGUCGAAGGUGGCGACGGUGUCGCCCACACGCAAGCCGAAUGCGGCGCCCGUGGGCACCUCAUUGCAGGUGGCAAACACCCGGAAACUUGGUCGUAAAAUCGAGAUACUGCUGAAGAAAGGCGCUAACGGUCUGGGAUUCUCGGUAACCACACGAGACAAUCCGGCCGGCGGCCAUUGCCCCAUUUACAUUAAAAACAUUCUGCCACGUGGUGCUGCCAUUGAGGAUGGACGCCUAAAACCAGGUGAUCGGCUGCUUGAGGUCGAUGGAACGCCCAUGACGGGCAAGACUCAAACCGAUGUGGUGGCCAUAUUACGGGGCAUGCCAUCAGGCGCAACAGUGCGCAUUGUAGUGUCGCGCCAGCAGGAGCUCGCUGAGGUGGAGGUGCGUGGACCGCUCCCGCAGCAGUCCGAGCAGUCGGAUGUUCAGACAGCAAGCACGAACACGCCGCCAAAAUCGUCUGUGCCCGCUUCUAAUGGCAGCUCCAAAGUCCAGAAGUCGAGCAGUGCUCGCUCCCUUUUCCAGCAACACAACGUACAGCAGCAGCAGCAGCAGCAGCAGCUUAACGAAUCUCACCAUUUCAUAGACGCGGGCAGCGAGUCGGCGGCCUCCAACGAGAGCCUCCCACCCACUGGCAGCACUUGGCAUUCGCGUGAGGAGCUCACGCUCCACAUACCCGUGCACGACACAGAGAAAGCUGGCCUGGGUGUUAGCGUAAAGGGCAAGACGUGCUCCAACCUCAAUGCCUCAAGUGGUAGCGGCAAUGGAGGCGCCUUCUUAAAACACGACGGAGAUUUGGGCAUCUUUGUGAAAAAUGUCAUUCAUGGUGGUGCGGCAUCACGCGACGGUCGACUCCGCAUGAACGAUCAGCUGCUGAGCGUUAAUGGCGUCUCCUUGCGUGGCCAAAAUAAUGCCGAGGCCAUGGAGACCUUGCGUCGUGCCAUGGUUAAUAAUCCUGGAAAGCAUCCGGGCACUAUUACCCUACUGGUCGGCCGCAAAAUACUGCGCUCCGCUAGUUCCAACGACAUUCUGGAGCACACGAGCAGCAGCAGCAGCAAUGGCAACAGUAACAACAACAGCAGCUCCAAUGCCAGCGAUAACUCUGGAGCCACCGUCAUCUAUUUGAGUCCCGAGAAACGCGAAUCCCGCGGUAGCUGUACAACAGGCAGCGCUGGCAGCGACGUUAACAGAUGGAGCAAUCCCGUUUUGGAUCGUCUAACCGGUGGCAUUUGCUCCUCAAACUCAUCGCAACAGCAGUCGCAGUCGCACUCACAGCCCCAUCCCCAGCAGCUUUCCCAGCCGCACGCACAGCCGCUGCAGCAGACACAGUCGCGUCGUUUACCGCCGUCCCAUGCCGCCAACGUGGCACUGCGCAACGACAGCUACUGCAUGGCCACCAACGACAACUGGUCGCCGGCGCAGCUGCUGAACGGACAUGGCAACACGGCGGUGCUGAUUGAGGACGAUGCCGAACCCAUGUCUCCCACGCUGCCCAUGCGCAACCACGAAGCUGCUUAUGGCAAUCCAGGCAGCGCAAACGCUUCACAAAUCACCACUGGCGGUGGCAUUGAAACUGCCUCUAAUUCGGGUGCUGGCCUAUGCCCCAAUUUUGACGCCACCUACUCUUCCCAGCUCAGCCUGGAGACGAACAACUCGGGUGUCGAGCAUUUCUCGCGUGACGCACUCGGUCGUCGUUCCAUUUCAGAGAAACAUCAUGCUGCGUUAGACGCGCGCGAAACUGGCACCUAUCAGCGCAACAAGAAACUGCGUGAGGAGCGCGAACGGGAGCGUCGCAUUCAACUGACCAAGUCGGCGGUCUACGGCGGUUCCAUCGAGUCUCUGACAGCGCGCAUUGCCAGCGCCAAUGCACAGAUACCAGGCUAUAAGCACGCCAAGACAGCAUCUAGCAUUGAGACACAGCAGCUGUUAGCCGCCGAGGCACGUGAUCAGGUGGGCGAUUUGGGUCCCUCGCUCGGUCUCAAGAAGUCCUCCUCCCUGGAGUCGCUUCAGACGAUGGUGCAGGAGCUGCAAAUGUCGGAUGAGCCGCGCAGUCAUACGGCAUUGCGGGCGCCACGCGGACGUGGACGCGAGGAUAGUUUGCGGGCGGCUGUCGUCAGCGAACCGGAUGCCAACAAACCGCGCAAGACUUGGCUGCUGGAGGACGGCGACCACGAAGGUGGGUUCGCUUCACAACGCAACGGUCCCUUCCAGAGCUCGUUGAACGAUGGCAAGCACGGCAAGUCACGCGCCAAGAAGCCGAGCAUAUUGCGCGGCAUCGGACAUAUGUUUCGGUUUGGCAAAAACCGCAAGGAUGGUGUUGUGCCCGUAGAGACCUAUGCCUCCGUAGAGACAGCCGUUGCUGCCGCCCCCACGCCCCAGCAAAUACCGACGGCGGCCCUCGCCGCUCUGGAGUGCAAUCCGAAGCCACCAGCCUACCAACCACCACCCCCGCUGCCGGCACCCAAUGGCAGCGGUCCCAUCUCAGGCAAUGUCUCUGUCAGUCCCAAUGCGGGUGGCAUACAUCAGAAUGAUAUUUUCAAUCAUCGCUAUCAGCACUAUGCCAACUAUGAAGAUUUGCAUCAGCAUCAGCUUAGCGUUGCCAGCGACUCUAGCUCUCAAACAGACGUGCUCUCGGAGUCCACAUUAGAAUGUAUGCGACAGCAGGUGAUCAGGCAACGCAUUAAGGUCGAGACUGAAAGUCGCCGUCAUCAGCAUUAUCAUUCGCAACGCAGCGCCCGCUCCCAGGACAUUAGCCUCUACAAUCAUCCAGCCAGCGUGCAGCAACAGCUGCCGCCCUCGAGUCUAAAUAGCAGCGGCGGCGGAGGCGGAGGCGGUGGUGGACCGUCAGCCAACACCCUGCGUCCCAUGUCCAGCUACUAUGAGUACGAGACGGUGCAAAAGCGGGCGGGCAGCAUUAAGCACAGCCACGCCCAAGUGAAUGGCUCGCCCAUCACAGUCAACGGACACGGUCCCGGGCACGGCCACGGACACGGGCACAGCCACGGACAGUCGCCCCAGACGCAGCCCCAUUGGAAGGCAGCAGCAGUCAAUGGCUAUGCGCCCGCUUCCCUCAACAGCAGCGCCCGGAGUCGGGGUCCGUUCGUCACGCAAGUAACCAUACGGGAACAGAGCGGCGUGCUUGGUCCCCAGGCCACCUAUCAGACGGUGCAGAAGCAGCAGCAACAACAACAACAACAACAGCAGCAGCAACAACAACACUUGCAUUCGCAAUAUUCCGGCACCGGUGGAUCUCAGCCGCAUGCCUCGAAAGUGUGACUAUAGGUGUUGGCGCAGGCGCGCGCCACACGGGACGCUCUGGAGCGUUGCCAGACACCGCUGGGCAGCAACAGCACCAGCACCACCACCACCAGCACCACUAGCAGCACCGAGGUGGAGGUAUUCUACUACGCCACCGAGUGUUGAUUACAAAGUAAAGUGGGUGUGGCUGCGGCUGUGGCUGGGGCUGCUUCUGCGACUGCGCCUUCGUUUCUUGUGUCCAACGAAUGAACCAUUUAACGAUAGAUAUACUACAUACAUACCAACAUACACAUACAUACAUACAUACAUACAUACAUACAUGUAGUAUGUAUGUGUAUUAAGUAUUUAAGCAUACAUACAUACAUUAUACAUAUUUCAACAUUUCUACACACCCUUCAUUACCAACAUAUUGUUAAUUGUAAAUUAUCUGUAAGCCUUCAAAGUAUUUCAUGUAAAUGCAAUAAUUAUUUAGCUAUUAAA